AUGGUAUCCGCUAAUCGGGAAAUGGCGGUCUACUGCUUCGACACGCUCGUCGCCCACUACAACUGCGAGGAGACCCCUCCCCCGGCCUUCGACGAGGGCCAGCAGUAAGAGUCCCGAUCGUCCUCCCACGUAUCGUACUCAUUUUCCUUCUGAUCAUGCUUCGUCGGGCUGGACUCGUUUCGCUUUUGGAGGACUUCAAUUUUUUGAUCGACGGGUUUCCAGAUGGGCCUGUGGCUGUGUUUUGAUUUUUAUACUUUCUUCUUUUUCAUGGUAAUCAGUUUUAAGUGGUCUGGGGCGAUUUAAAAGUAAAUGAUAAUUGCAUGAUAAAUCGGCUUCUUCCCUCCUCCACAUGUUUCAUUCGGCUUUGUCCACGAAGAUUUUCAUCUUUUUUUAUGGUUGGAAUUCCACAUCGCCUGGUCAGUGAAUUGCUGGUUCUUGGUACGUUAUUUGGAUUUUGGUCAUUCCAGAAUCCGACAAAGUAUCAGAUUAUUUCUUUCUCAUAUCCCCAUUUCUUUGAAUUUUUGAUUCAUUUAAUUUUACACCUUCUUUUUUUUUUUGACCAUCCACCCGCUUUUGCAUUCGCUAUCAGUUUUAUUUUCCUGCGGUUUCAUAACGUUUUUGGGAAGUUCAGUCGUGUAGGGUUUCAUCUGAGUAUUUUUUGUUCUACGUGGGGACUAUUAUAUUCCCAUUCCGAUGUGGUUUGCGUUUUCGUUGGUCUGAAGCUCAUCUCAUGUGGUUCCUGGAAGAUUUAUUAGAAGAAAGUAGGAUAAAACCAUGAAUGUUUCCAUUGUAGGGUGCUGAGUUGAAGAUUGCCUAACCAUGAUAUUGGGUUUAUAGGCCAAAGCUAUGUGUUUUCCAUUGUCACUGGUUCCUGUUCAAUAAUUAUUGAUCGUAGCUUGCCAAUAUUUAGCACUUUCUACGUUGGUACUUAUAACUAGUUAAAUGCAUACUACUCUUGAGCGAAUUGAAAUUGGUAGAACAAGAGAAAAAUGCUCAUAAAGUUUCUUCAAAUUAUAUACUGAAAUUCUUUAUGGCUAUCUUAUGUUCCUCGCAUCAUGUUUACCUCUGAUUGCAGCCCAUUGUUUGUCACUUGGAAGAAAGCAAUCAAUGGCACAGAGCCUCGAUUGCGUGGAUGCAUUGGCACUUUAGAAGCCCGUGCCUUGAUCACUGGUUUCAGAGACUAUGCUUUAACCAGGUAAAUAGAUUCUGAGUCGAUUUUUAGACGAACAGCUUUAUGUACUAUAAAAUUAAAACGUGAAUACAUGUUGCUCACCUCAUGAAGUAGAGCUCGUGGUAGAAACCAGCCUGAGGCUGAAGCCCGAAAUGAUCCGGGAUGAGUUGCAGGUAUCCAGCCCUCUCUGAGGCUUUCUUUGCCCCAGCUAAGGUUAUCCUCGCCACCAAAAGAGCAAUAUUCUUUUCUUUUCUUUUUUCUUUGGUGUGUGACAAUGCAUUGUAGAGAUGCAAAAAUGUCAUAAGUAUGGGCAUUUAAUCAAUCUCUCUAGAGGGCAUUUUUCUGUUUUUCAUCUGUGCGAAAAUCUCUCCAUUUCAUUCUGUUCAUUACCUAUGAACGAAUGUUCGUAUUCCCCUAGCAACAUCGGUUGGUAUCUACCUAAUUUUCCAUAAUGGAGAGUCAUUCUCAUGCAUCUGCAUCUAUUAUUGCUGUCACGUUCUUCUGUUGAUUCAUCCUUAUUUUCUCUAGAUUUUACAUAUAACACGAGAUCGAAUGUUCGUAUUCCCCUAGCAACAUCGGUUGGUAUCUACCUAAUUUUCCAUAAUGGAGAGUCAUUCUCAUGCAUCUGCAUCUAUUAUUGCUUUCACGUUCUUCUGUUGAUUCAUCCUUAUUUUCUCUAGAUUUUACGUAUAACACGAGAUUGAUCCUUUGCUCAGUUCAGUCGAGAGCGUUUCUGGAAUUCCACCUGAUGAUCUUCUAUGCCAUGUCACAGUGCACUGAAGGACAGGCGCUUCCCUCCCAUACAGGCUAAAGAAUUACCUCACUUGGAGUGUACAGUUUCCAUUCUAACUGAUUACGAAGUCGCUAUCCACUACCUUGAUUGGGAGGUACACAUCAUAUUAGCCAUGAUCUGAAGGCAGAAACAAUAAAUGACUGAUGUAUCUGAGAUCAUUGUUAUCUUCCAUAACUCUUUUGUUUGCUCUCUUAAUGUGAUGGCAUCUUCAUGAUCAAAGUGGAUGAUGCCCUGUAUCUGCAGGUUGGAAAGCAUGGUCUGAUCAUCGAAUUCACUGACCCGGAUUACAAUUCAAGGCGCAGCGCCACCUACUUGCCCGAAGUGGCAGCCCAUGAAGGUAUGCAUGCCGCCAUUAAUGUAUCAUCCUAAUGAAGGUACCAUAUGCUGGCUAUGUAAACAUGGGUUGGUGGAGAAGGAGGGGGUCGGUCUCUGCUCUUUGUUUGGGGUCCUCACAGUUGCUCUCGCAGGGUGGACAAAAGUGGAGACGAUUGACUCGCUGAUGCGCAAAGCAGGCUUCAAUGGCUCCAUCACCGAGUCGCUGCGCCGGCGCGUUCGAGUGACCCGCUAUCAGAGCACGCUCUACACCAUGCACUACAGCGACUACGUGGCCUACGUGAAGAGGAUCAGAGGGUCUCCGCCGGCAGUAAAUGGGGUGAAGCCCGGCUAUUGA